UGUAUGACAUUUAUCGCCGAUUGGGCCGUAUGACUGGGGUUUCAUUUCACGAGACCACAAAAUCUAUUCAAAUGGAUGAUGAAUGGUGGAAUGAUCGUAUUCAGGAAAUACCUGAUGCUGCAAAGCUCCGUGCACACCCCCUCACUGAUAUCGACAGAUUGGAUAGACUUUUUCGAGGCAAACACAUUUCAACCGAUGAUGGAUACUAUCCAGGUUCUGGAGUGGAUCAGAAUACCGAGUCUGAGACUGUUACCGAGAAUGAACACGACACUGUGAAUCUAGAAGAUGAUUCUGAUGCGCCUUCAAGAAACCAAAAUGAAACACCUUCUUCCUACAACCAGAGUUCCAAACGGGUGUACGGAAACACUUCGCGUAGUUCAUCUUCAGCACGUAAACGAGGAACAUCAAAGGUUUCGUAUGACUUCGUGACAAAUGAAGCCUAUAUGAAACUAACAGAACUUUAUGAACGAGCCCAAGAUAGCAAGCUUGAACGUGCAAUUGCCUCAUUACAAACACUACCAGGUCUUCAAUAUGACUCUUCGUUAUAUUGGGGAGCAGUGACUGUGCUUCAAAGUAAUGAGACACAUGCACGUGUUUAUCUUACACUACCCGAUGAUGAUGCUAGAAUUAAAUAUCUCGAAAGAAUGACAGGAAUCGACCGAGAGGCUGAAUAA